AGUUUCUUGGCCGGGAGCCCUCCUCGCCGCGGGCGCGCCUCCUCUCCGGUGCCCAGGUCCGAUCGGAAGCUGGAGUUAGCUUAAUUAGAAAAGAAUUUUGUCUUAAUCACCAAUUCACCAUGCAUGAUUAGAUCACUCACAGGUUAGGCCCGCCAGCUACCAGUACCCACUAAUCCAUGCCUAUAAAUAGAACUGCCAAAGUGGGAGCUCAACACUGACAGCAAGCAGCCAUGGCUUACAACCAACAAUUCAAGAUACUCGAGGUACCUCCGAUCGUGCAAGAACUGGUGGCCGGCGGCUUGCAGGAGCCACCCGGCCAGUACGUAGUUCCUGAGCAAGACCGUCCCGCUGCGACUGUCUCCGAGAUGCCCGAGCCCAUCCCGAUCGUCGAUCUCAGCCGUAUGUCUUCCAACAGCGCAGAAGAGUUCACCAAGCUGCAAUCCGCCUUGGAGAACUGGGACCUCUUCCUGAUAUUGAGCAAUGGAUUCUUCAAAAGUCCCGUGCACAGGGUUGUGACAAAUGUGGAGAAAGAGCGCUUAUCGUUGGUGAUGUUCUAUACAUUGGACCCAGAGACUGAGAUUGAGCCGGUGUCAGAGUUGGUCGACGAGAAGAGACCGACACAGUACAUGAAAAUGAAGAACAAGGACUACAUAGCAAAAUUUUAUAAAACUUAUGCAACAGGGAAACUAGCCAUCGACAACAUGAAAAUCUGAAUAUGAUUCCAGCAAGCAGAUGUUCAAUAUGAACUAUGGUGAAGUUUCUUCAAUCGAACAGUUUGUAACGAGUUUUUACUCUCAUCCACGAUUUAUAUGUAUGAAGUCCUUCAGUAAACUGACCGGCGGCUUGUGUGGCCGCACCAAACCUUAAAAUAAAAUCAAAAUUGCCGUUUUUA